UGAUGAUGUCACGUGAUUGGUCCACGUAUCCGGCUGCCUGUGUUCAUUAUAUUUCCUCCUGGGCGUGUUUUUCCGGGAUUAUCGUCGUCGAAAAGUGUUCCUGCGGCAAGAGAGGCCCUCAGCUGCCUUAGACAUACCCGCUCGUCUCCACAACUCCAUGAAGAAUGGAGGAAAUAAUGGAUUUAUUAGAGGCGGUGUGAGUUACGUCAGCUGACGGCCGUCACGUGAGGCGUCUGCCCCCUUAUUUACCGCUGAAAGCUCAUGUAUUUCAGUUAUUUAGCGGCCAUGGAGCACCGGUGGGUCGUCUUCACGGCCCAAGUCGUGGUUAUGGCGAGCAUGGGGUGGAAGGAGGCCCGUGGGAGCCACCAUGGCUCUUGGGAUGAUGGGGGAGGACCUCCCCUUCCUGGGGUUACUGAUCUCCCGCCCCUCCCUCCCGCGUCUAGGGAUGCUGCCCUCCCUCCCGCGUCUAGGGAUGCUAGUCUCUCACACCCUCCCAGGUAUUCCGAUCCCACUGCUGGAGAUGCUGCUAGAACCUCUGCUAGCGAUACCGCAGAUAUCACUGUCAGGGCCGUUGCAAGUAGCAUUUCUAGAGAUAUUGUUGUCUCUACUAAUGAUGCUGAUCCUGUGUAUGCUGAUCUCUCUUCUAAAGAUGCUGAUACCCCUGCUACGGAUGCUGGUCCCUCUGUUACGGAUGAUGGUACCCCUCCUGAGGAUAAGGGUGAGAGCACCGUCCUCUGGUGGACACCUUUCACCGGGGUUGGAUCAGGUCAGUCGCGCACCUGUCACUUUGGGAGCUGUUUCUUCACCGAGGACCGCGGGGCUUACCUACACCAUCCCCGUACGGAAGCUGUGCUCUUCUACGGCAGCGACUUCAGCGUGGAGGAUCUGCCCUUACCCCGGCGGUCUCCGCACCAGUGGUGGGGUCUCCUCCAUGAGGAAUCUCCCAAAAAUCAGCCACUUUUUGACCAUCAGCAGGUAUUAGAGCUCUUCAACCUCACUGCCACAUUCCGGAGGGAAUCAGAUUUCCCCCUCACUCUCCAGCAUUUAGAGUCAAUGGAAUCCCUCACCUCGAGGUCGGAAUUCGUCGUCACCUCCGUCAAGACCCAACUAAUGGCGGAGGAGGACCUGGCUCCGGUCGUGUACGUCCAGUCUGACUGCGACACGCCUUCAGAGAGAGACGCCUACGUGCAGCAGCUGUCGAAAUACAUCAAGAUCGACUCGUAUGGUUCCUGCCUCCACAACCGCGACCUCCCACCGCAUCUGCAUGAUCCUGCUGAUACCUUUGAUCAUGUUGACUUUCGCGCCAUUGUGGCCAAAUAUAAGUUUACUCUGGCCAUUGAAAACGCCGCGUGUGAUGAUUACAUUACUGAGAAGCUAUGGCGCCCUCUCACUCUGGGAUCUGUCCCAGUGUACUGGGGGUCUCCCUCUGUGAAGGACUGGGAGCCCAAUCCCAGAUCAGUAAUUCCGGUAACCGAGUUCGAAUCCCCGCAACAAUUGGCCUGGUACCUUUACAAGUUGAUGGAAAAUGAGACUUUGUACGAAUCUCACCUGAAGCACAAAUUGAAACAAAAAGUCGAUAAUUUGAACCUCGUUCGUGCCAUGGCUCAUAGAAAGUGGGGAAUCAACAAUGACUUCGACAAGGGGAACUUUAUUGAACACUUCGAGUGUUUCGUCUGCGAUAGCGUCCUCUCCAGACGCUCUAAAGCUAAACAUACGGGAGGUGAAGUCAUGGCUUCCCUGAAUCAUUAUGGCUGUCCUGAACCACCAAAUGUCCUAACGGGGAAGCCUAAUCCAAAGAGUUUCUGGGUAGAGCAAUGGCACAAAGCCCGGGUGGAAGCCAAGGUACUGAGUCGGCUUGUUAAAACAAAUAAAAAGUUUUUUCCGGAUGUGUUUUACCAGAAUGUGAUUGAUGAGUUGCAGAAAGAUGGUUUUUUUGUCCAUUUUCCACCAGACCAUCUGGAGCUGUAAUGUGGAGCUCAAAAUCCUUCCUAUAAAUUUGUUUAACUGAAAGUAUAAAUUAUAUGGAUGUCUGGGUUAUAAAUAGCUGGAAAUUAAUGAUUACUAAUUGUUACAAUUUCAAAAUGUUAAUUAAGUGGCCUCAAAGUUGUCAAUGUUCGUUGUGUCCACUGAGUAUAAAUUAUAGUUUUGUAUACUGCAUAACUGGCAUACCACGUGUCUCAGUCUUAUUUUAAAUCUUAUACUUAUUUGAUCUUUUAGGAUAAAUUAAUGAAUAAAAAAAGUUGAAAUUAUUGAUAAAAUACAUACGCAUAUUUAUAUAUUUUUGUAUGUGUUUAUAUAUAUAUAUCUAUAUCGACUGUAUGACAAAAGGAAUGUAUAGUUUGCUAUGUAUAUAUAUAUAUAUAUAUAUAAUAUAUAUAUAUAUAU